CCCUUAGAUGUUGAUGAGCAUCCCAACGACCUAUAAGAACUCCAUCGAGCCUCCGCUUCCUGCAGACCAUAACGCCAUAUCCGGCACCCAUAGUCCCACUGUUUCGGCUCCGCACCCCAAGCUAUACAUAAGCUCUUCCUCUUAGCUGUUCAUCUCGAGAGGAUAAACAAGAAUGUCGUAUUCAAGCUAUGGCUCUGGAGCUGCAACUUGGCAAGAGAGACUCGAAGAAAAAUGCCGCGAAGCUCAACUCCACCCUCCGGUAUUCCAAAUCAUGUCAGACAGGCGAGGCGGACGGACAGCAUGGUCUAGCACGGUGACAGUUCAGGGACAGAACAUCGCCGCGAGGUUCUGGUAUGAUGGACAGCACGUCAACAACGCGAAAGAGGACGCCGCAGAGGUAGCGUUGAAACAUCUCGUUGGAUCGAAUCCGGGCUCCCCUCAACAGAGUCGAAGCAGGUGGUAGCGACGCCUGAACACACAUCGCCGGAUGAUGGAGACUUCAGCGGAUAUGUUGAAUUGGCAUGUAGGAUAAGGGUCAUAAAGGAUCACCAUACGGUACAGCAUUGGUUGGCGCAAAAUAAUUGGCUUUUUGGCGUCGGGUUUGC